AUGCUUUUUUUUUUUUAUUAUUCUUUUUGCUGUUGUAAUUCUCAUCCUUUUUUCUCAGUGACUGCCUUUGGGGAGGAUGGACUUUGCUCUGUUGCUUUGUUUUCGUUCGUUUAUUCCUACUUAGUGCAUUUUAAUAUAAAUAUAUCUGUAUUUAACUAUACCAUGCUCAUUUUUGCGCCACGAUGUAUCCAUAGUUUUAGUAAUGCCCCCUUUUCACGCUUUAAAAAAAAAUAA